GAUUAAAGCAUGAAUGGGAGCAGCUUCCCAGCCACGAUGGAGAGAGAAGGCGAUUCAGGCUAUGGGAAUAAGGUUUCCUUCCAAAUGAGUCCCUGAGGUUUCUGCUGGCAGGUCCAGCAGUGUCCUGUACAAGUGCCCUCCUGCUCCCGGUCCCAGCAGCCGAGGCCCCUCCAAACCUGCUUCUGCAAUGGGUGGGUUGUAAGCACUGGUAAUGAGGAGCUGUGGGUCCAGUCAGUCUUGGAGAUGCCGAAGAGACGAGACAUCCUGGCUAUCGUGCUGAUAGUUCUGCCCUGGACACUACUAAUCACCGUCUGGCACCAGAGCACCAUUGCUCCACUGCUUGCAGUGCACAAGGAUGAUGGUGGUGACUCCCGGCGUGAUCUCGCUGCAGGCUUGGACUCCAAGGAAUACUGCUUGUCGGACCGGGACAUUGUGGAGGUGGUGAGGACAGAAUAUGUUUAUACCCGCCCACCCCCGUGGUCAGACACCCUUCCCACCAUCCACGUCAUUACACCCACCUACAGCCGUCCCGUGCAGAAGGCAGAGCUGACGCGCCUGGCCAACACCCUCCUGCACGUGCCAAACCUGCACUGGAUCCUGGUGGAGGACUCACAGCGGCGCACGCCUCUCAUCACCCGGCUGCUGCGGGACACGGGGCUUAACUACACCCACCUCAAUGUGGAGACACCCCGCAACUACAAGCUGCGAGGAGACAUGAGGGAUCCCCGCAUCCCCCGGGGGACCAUGCAGAGGAACCUUGCCCUGAGAUGGCUGAGAGAGACCUUUAACAAAAAUAACAGCCAGCCUGGGAUUGUUUACUUUGCUGAUGAUGAUAACACCUACAGCUUGGAGCUCUUUGAGGAGAUGCGCAGCACCAGAAAGGUGUCAGUGUGGCCAGUAGCCUUCGUCGGUGGCUUACGCUAUGAGUCACCCAAAGUGAACGCUGCAGGGAAGGUCUAUGGCUGGAAAACUGUGUUCGACCCCCAUCGCCCCUUUGCUAUAGACAUGGCGGGGUUUGCCGUGAACCUCAGACUGAUUCUCCAGCGAUCUCAGGCUUACUUCAAACUGCGAGGAGUGAAGGGAGGCUACCAGGAGAGCAGCCUACUCCGGGAACUAGUGACCUUGAAUGAUCUUGAGCCGAAAGCUGCCAAUUGCACUAAGAUUUUAGUCUGGCAUACAAGGACAGAAAAGCCUGUGCUGGUGAAUGAGGGGAAGAAAGGAUUCACAGAUCCCAAUGUGGAAAUCUGACUGAAUGGCUGAGCGGAGACCGACACCAGAAGAUUUCUUCAUGCACAGCCUGCAAGGUUCCUCUCCACAGCAUACAACUAGCCAGACAUGCAGUAGCCAGGACCUCUGCUGACUUCCAAGAGUUUUAGCGUACUGAAAACAAGUAACACGGCAUACAUAAACUGCCCGGAUUCCCCUGCCCUUCCUGCUGGACUCUGAGCAGAACCAGGUGCUCUGGAGGUGGAGAAAAAGCACAGAAAAUAAAGGACUGACAUCAACUUCAGUACAAGACCAGCUGCCUCGCGAGAUGCUCGGUUUGGGAGAAGCGCAUGCAGGGCACGAUGCACUGAAGACACGGCCCGGCUGGAAUCAUAGUCUAGACUGAGGGGGCUGUUUCACAGGACCUGAAAGCGAGGGUGAGAACGCCCAGAGGAGCGUGUUGGCCCCUGAUGACUUGUUUUUCCUGACACACACGUACCUUGUGGCUAUGUGUGCAACAGCCUAAGCAGCUCUCUGUUCACGGAGGGGACAGCUGCCUUCUGAGAUGGCACCUUAGCCCUUAAUUUUAAACCUACUUUAAUCAGUGUUGAUUACGCUGCACAAGACAGGGAAGGUUUUGGGGGAGGGUGAAAAGCAAGGCAGGUUAGAACAAACCCAUUAAGUAUCUCUCUUCUCUUUGUAUCCCCUCUCCUUUCCCUUCAUUAGUUUCAUGGUUUGGAGGGCACUCUGACGUACCUCUGUGUUCCUGGAUGGAGUUAUGUUUAUAGCAUGUGGUUCUCUAUUCAUCCAUGCUGAAAUAAUUGGAAUUGGGUUUUAAUGAGCUGUUGUGGCCAUACACCAUAAUUCUUCAUCCAGGCUCAGAUCUUGGUUCUGUUUAGCACUAAUUUGGUUCACAUGAGCAUUAGGUGUGGGAUUCUCUGAAGGGUGCUCCUACAUAAAGCCAAAUUUCCACUC